AUCGCAGCCCAAUAAUGAAUGGACUGUAACCUAGCAACGAUGAACGCCGCUAACAGAUCACAAAGCUGACUCCCGGAAAGGCUGAAAGUCCGGCGGGAUGUACGGAAAUAGGGCGAUUUAGUGAACUGAGUGUAGAUGGACUUUACAUUUUUAUCGGUGUGUUUCGGGAAAUAACGUGAGCAAAGAUUUUAGAUGAAGAGUGUUCUGGGGAUGGAUAUUGUGAAAGGAAACCUGGAUGACAUUUCCAGACCCGCUUCAGUGUCUCGGUCCCGUCCUGAAAGCCGUAUUUCAAGUUCACUCCAGGCAGAGAAUCCAAAAAUAUUUUCCACUGUAGGCUCAUUGGAAGUGUUGUCACCAGAACUGUGCCUUUCAGAGAAUUUUACUUCAUAUGAUGAACAAGAGACUUUUAAAUCCCAAAGUCCAGAAAACGGUCUUAAAAGUCAGAGGUCACAGAGCCCUACAGUGAUCACAUUAAACAGUGAGCAAGAAAGAGUUAAUGAAAAUCUGAAAUCAACAGCGGCAGAGGAGUCAGAUUCUUCUGAGAUUCCUGUUGCUGCAGAACCUAACAUUGACCCCAGACUGGAAAAAGCCAUAAAGAGAAUGAAGGCUCUAGAUGAAAUCUUGCUUAAAAAGAUUGCAAAGGAGAAGGAGGUUGUAGCCCAGAGCAAUGCACUUCGAAAGCAGUUGUGGGAAGAACUACAGAGUGUUUCCAGGAAUUCUUUGUUGCGCAGUCAUGAAGAAAUUGUGAACACUAAUACAUUUUUGGCACUGAGUCCACAAUUUGAUAACACUCCAGGAGAAACCUCUGUUUUGGAAAAAUGUUCUCCAGUAUUCUCCACUCAGCUUCCAGUUGAAGAGUGUGAUGAUGAUGAACCAAAGGAUUUACAAGGUAAAGCUUCUGGAAUGGAAACUAGUGAGAGAUUGAAUCAGAAAGCAAAGCAGAAGAAGCAUAAAGACCAAAAAGGAAGAGUAGAUUUUAUUCAAAAGAACAUUGAGUUUGUGAAAGAAGCAGGAUCUCAUGUCCUUUUUAUGGAUAAUGAAAAACUACGCUUGGAACAGCUGCUGGCAGAUAUUCAAGAUGGCUGUAGUGAUGACGAUGCCACAACAGAUGUUUCCGUUUGGCUCUUGCCUGGUGAAGGCUACACUCCAGAACCAAAAGAACUUAAACAACUGGCAAAGAUAGAAGCACAGCUUCAGGCGUUUUGCAGCACUACAGAAACCAGCGAUUUUGACUAUGGCGAUGUGUCACCCACACAAUCAAAAUUGGAAGUGUCUAUGGACAAGUUUGGGAACUCAGUUUCUGCACCUGGGGAGCAAGCAUUACGUUACACAAAGGAGCUCAGAGAACAGAAAAUACGCCUGAAAGAAAUAGACCAGCAACUUGACGAUAUAGAACAAAGAAACAGCAUUACGCCACAAUCACUAUCCUGCUUUAGCUCAAUGUUGAGUGAAUCAUCUUAAAUAUUUAACAGAAUUCGAUUACUUCCCCAACCGUUUGUUUACUUAAAGAUUUAGGAGCAAUGGAAUCUGGUGGAUAUUCUAAAAUUGGUUUGAAAAUGUGAUUAUAAAUAGUUUUUACCUAAAUUGAAUGUAUGUGGUGAAGGUCAAAGUUGUGGUGAAAGUCAAAUGUGUGGUUCAAUGGAUCCUGAAGAACUGGUCAGGGAUCUCUGGUAUAGUUCAGGGUGUCCACCAAAAUGAAAAAGUGAGGGAGACGGAGGAGCCCUUAUAGUAUAGUAGAUUGAUUCAAAAACAGGAUGAUGGGGUUCAAAGGUGGUGAGUUGUUUCACAGAGGGAAUAGAAAUGAUAAAGAUAGAUGUACAUCUGUUGAGACUGCAUUCACCCAAAGAGGUGGGGGACACACAACUUUCCAAAUGUGCAGGUAGAGAAAACCUGUCUCCACGCAGGGUCAAGGUGGUUGCUUUCUAUGCCUCAGGGGGGUCUAUGCCAUCCUGGGUUCUCUAGUGUUCUCGGGUGGGUGUCAGAAUCAAGAAGAGGAAUUGGCACAAAAACCCAAUGGUGGUCCAAUCGGCAGACGUGCCCGAAGUAUAGAAUACAUAUACAAUGUUUAAAUUGAUGUUAAAUUUAAUAAAGUAUACCUAUAAAGUA